AUCCUGUUUAUUUAUUUAUUUAUUUUUAUUCUUCGAACUGUGUUAAACGUUAAACCAACGUCGAUCAGCCGAAUCAAGGACUGUGAGUAAUUUAUUCACGAUACGCAAAUCUCUACCGGACAGAGAUGCUGGUAGGGAGGGUGAUGAGACGUUUGGAAGUGGACAGCCCUACCAGUUGAACCGCUGAAAUACAGAUGCAUUUCAAUAGAUGACUGCCAUUAAUCUCGGGUCAACUUACUCUGUCAUGAUUUAUUGAAAUAACAUUGUUGUUUCCAUUGAUAAGGAUCGAAUUCGGGGACUUCAUCUUCUCAUCAAAGUUCCACAACCAAGAAGAGGAGCGACAUAAUGGGAUUGAUACGGCAAGACAACUAACUGUCAAUGGACCAAACAACUCCUUGGUGAAAACGCCCACCGGCAUAUUUUGGGGGUUUUCUCCGAAGAAAAGAAAAUGGCCGUCAGGUGCCAAUGACGUACGCGUUCCUGUGUGAGAUUCGAAUGUUGCUGUAUUCUAAUCCCGUAUCAUGAAGCUCUGGAAGAAGUCAGUGGUUCUCAUCAUAGCCCUGUUCAUCUACCUUUUCCUCGGUGCCUUGAUAUUCAAAAUUCUGGAGAGCCACAGCAAUGAACUCGCCCAGCAGAACUUCUUAGACGCCAUUCAGGACUUCCUGGAUAACCACACCUGCGUCUCCCAAGACGAACUCCGUGUUUUGUUUGAGGCGGUGGAGAAAGCUCUAAGAGGUGGGGCUUUCAAGAUAGAUAAUGACCCUGACAAUGAUGAUAACCUGGUGGUUUGGGAUUUCCCCGGUGCCGUCUUCUUUACAACUACCGUCGUGACCACUAUAGGCUACGGCAAUCUGGCACCGAAAACCUCGCUCGGACGUGUUGUGUGCAUGUUUUAUGCAGUGGUAGGGAUUCCACUCACUUAUUGGUUACUAUCAGCAGUAGGUGAUACGUUCCAGGGCUGUUGGCGGCCGUGUCAUGGCCUUAUCAGACGGUGUACGAAGAACAUCAAAAACAACGCUCUUCGCACCACCCUAGAAGUAGCCAUGAUAGGGACAGUAUUGUACGUCAUUCUAGUGGCGCUGCCAGCUCUCCUCUUCAGUUACCUGGAAAAUUGGAACUUUUUCCAGAGUCAGUACUUCUGUUUUAUCUCCUUGAGUACAAUAGGAUUCGGUGACUUUGUGCCCGCCGAGCAGACGGACUUGUCCCCACUGUACCGGUGGGUGUACAAACUCGGCACCGUAGCUUAUCUCAUAGUCGGUCUGAGCAUUCUAUCUGUGGCCUUUAAGGGAUUCCUGAACUCGCAACAGUCAACACUUAACAAGUGGAAGGCCAAAAAGGCGGCCAAAAAGCUGAUGGAACUCCAGAAGCAACAGCCGCAGCAACAUGCUUCCCCAAGCGCUACAAUAGACACAAGUAACGGAGUGGUCAAUACAACGGCUUGCUUCGAUGACAGUUUAGACUGACAGAUUCAAAAUGAACUUAUCACAAACCGACAUCAAAGGCACUGGACACUAUUGGUAAUUACUUACUUUAUAUAAUUAUUAGCAUAAAAACU